AUGUCUGGGCCACAGAUGUGCGCGCAACCUCACCAGGGGAAGAAAACUAUCACUUCUCAGAACAUGGCCCUUCAAGUCCGUAGAGAAGUGGAUGACCAACUCGCUGUUCUCCUGUCUCAGCGACAUGCCUUGGACCUCCGCAUCUACGAGCUUAAGAUCCGGCGUAGCCAACUCACAGCAGUAUCUCGCCUUCCAGACGGUGUAUUACGUCGUGUUUUCCGACUUUUGCGUAGAAGUGCAGAGGAACGUCCUCCUUCCACUCGUGACGUCUAUAACGACUUUCGGCAGGAUUGGCACGCGAAGAUGAAAUCAUGGAUUGUGGUCACCCAUGUGUGUCGUAGAUGGAGACUGAUUGCGUUGGAGUGCGCGUCUCUUUGGUCUACAUGGAGCCAUUUCUGUGGGCCUUCCUGGCUUGCCACCGCGAUAUCCCGCUCGAAAAACGUCCCGAUAACGCUCGAAAUCGACUUUGCCCAUUUUGUUGAUUUGCACUUGUCGACGUUCCGCACUCUUUACCGUGACCGUCGCGGGACGAUCGUGGGAGCCGACGCCAAAAUCCUAGAACUCCUCGAGGAGACCUUCAGCCAAGGAUAUCUUUUAGAAAGGAUUACGCUUAGGGGCGAAGGUCAACAGCUCGAGACGCUCCUCAGCCAAAUGGCAAUGUCUCACUCGCUCUCUCGCCUGGCCCACGUCAAGAUCUUCGAGUCCGAAAUUCCAUUCCCAAGAUAUGGGUUACCCACAGGCCCCAUCAUCUCCAGUUCCUUCGGUGAACAUGCACCCCACCUUCAAACACUCUUCUUGAUUGGAUAUGUGCCUGAUUGGAAGGCGUUACAAACAUUCAGGGGGUUGACCAGCCUUACCAUUGGCACCCGUUCUGUUAGGUGGGGUGCACCACAGCUUGCCCUCUCGAUAGGACACAUUGUGGAUGCCCUGACCGCGCUCUCAAGACUGACUGAGCUUUCUCUGGAAUUAUCCACAGCCCCCCGAGUAACCACAGUUCCAGCAGAGCGGAACCAAUAUCCCGCUUCCCUCGGGUUACUCCAAAAGUUCGUUCUUUCAGGCGAUUGCGUUGCUUGCGCUAGGCUUCUCGCCCACCUACGACUCCCCGUGGCACUCAUCUUUACCAUGGUAGUCUCAAAGGCCGAUAGUAUUACCAUGGCCGCAUUGUGUGCAGCGUUAACAGAAUGCUGGUUCCUGCAACCCCUGUCUAAGCAAUUAUCCCUCUCCAGAUAUCACACAAAGUUCCCAUUCCAUCAUGUCGUACUCGGUUCUCCGCAAAUGUGUUGCGGAGAUGACAAAGAUGGGAAUGACGUCUCCGUCUUCUCUUUCAGCUUUCGUUCAUGCGAUGUUCCUGAGACACCUCGCUUCAACCUCACUGCGAGCACAGCGCUCAAUCGGACGGAUUCCAUCUCUCUCAUCUGCGAAGUGCUCACGGUCGCCCCAUUGGGGAAAAUGACCCGCCUCGAUGUUGUCGAAAGACCUGGCCAGGGGCUGCCAUCGACUCCAACUGACCCACCUCCUUCCCUGGCUCCGGUGUGGCGAUUGCUGGCAGCCAGGCGCCUUCCACGGCUGCAACUGAUCAACCUUGACCAAGGGCAGUGGCAAAGCGAGCCCUGGAAUAUCCUCCACCAAGGGCAUCCCAGACACGAAGCGGACUCUAGACACUCCGCCAACGAGACGCGCACCCGGCUCUAUUUCCCCAGCCUGCGCACCAUCGUAAUGAUCGAUCACAAUUUCUCUUCGAUCCCGCCCUCCGUCAUCUCACGUCGGUUACUAGCCAUAAAGAAAGCUUUGGAAUACCGAAUGAAGAUGGGGAAAAGGUUGUGGAAGCUGGGAAUUGAGAGGUGCCCCGGACUCUUUUUCCUGAGAGACCUAGAAGAGCUUGGUCGCUUCGUAGACGCGAUUGAUUUAGAUGGUCAGCCAUUCGUCGGGAGUCCACUUUCUGACCUAGAUUAA